CUGCCAUGCUAAAAGGUGGCAGCAUGGCUCGGAGGAUGAGCAUCGAUGAGCUGGAAGACCAGCUCCUCUGUCCCAUCUGCCUGGAGGUCUUCAAGGAGCCCUUGAUGCUGCAGUGCGGGCAUUCUUACUGCAAGUCGUGCGUGGUGUCACUGUCUGGAGAGCUGGACGGGCAGUUCCUGUGCCCCGUGUGCCGCCAAACCGUGGACUGCAGCGCCUCGCCACCCAACGUCACACUGGCCCGUGUCAUUGAGGCACUGCAGAGCCGGAGCGAGGCAGAGCCCACCCCAGAGUCCUGCCCAACACACCACAACCCCCUCAGCCUCUUCUGCGAGACUGACCAAGAGGUGAUCUGUGGGCUGUGCGGCACCAUCGGCAACCACCGCCAGCACAAGAUCACCCCCAUCUCUACCACGUACUGCCGGAUGAAGGAGGAGCUGUCUGCGCUGUUAACCGAUGUCCACCGGUACAAGAGGAACCUGGAUGAACACUUCAGCAAGCUCAUCAACAACAAAAUCCGCAUUGCAAACGAGGCGGAUGUCUUCAAGUGUGUGAUCCGGAAGGAGUUCCAGGAGCUGCACAGAUACAUUGAUGAGGAGAAGGCCACCUUCCUGGAGAGCGUUGAGGGGAAGGCAGCCCAGCUCAUAACCUCCAUCGAGUCCCAGGUCAAGCAGACAUCAGACGCCCUGCAGAGGCUGAAGGAGAUACAUAGCUCUCUGGAGACGCUCGGCAAUGAAAGCCAGCUUGAUUUCAUCCGUAAAUACAGCUCCUCCCAGUUCAGGUCAGAGCUUCCCAGCCUGCUCCCAGGUGAUGGCAUCUUUAGCCCCAUUUCCUUCAAGCCGUGUUUCCACCAAGAUGAUAUCAAGAUGACCGUUUGGAAGCGGCUGCACCGCCACGUCCUGCCAGCUCCAGAGAUGCUGAAACUGGACCCGGUGACAGCGCAUCCCCUCCUGGAACUCUUCAAGGGUGACACAGUGGUGCAGUGUGGGCUCUACCAGCGCCGGGACAGCAACCCCAAGCGUUUUGACUCCAGCAACUGCAUCCUCACCUGCAAGGGCUUCUCCUGCGGCCAGCACUACUGGGAGGUGAUAGUGGGCACCCGCAACCACUGGCGCGUGGGCAUCAUCAAGGGCACGGUCAGCCGCAAAGGGAAGCUCAGCAAGUCUCCCGAGAACGGCGUGUGGCUCAUUGGCCUCAAGGAAGGCAAAGUCUACGAGGCCUUCAGCACCCCGCGGGCCACCCUGCCGCUGACCGCCCGGCCGCAGCGCAUCGGGAUCUACCUGCACUACGAGAGGGGCGAGCUGACCUUCUACAACGCCGACAGCCCCGACGAGCUCAGCCCCAUCUACACCUUCCAGGCGGAGUUCCAGGGCCAGCUCUACCCCAUCGUGGACCUGUGCUGGCCGGAGCGGGGGCCCUACUCGCCCCCCAUCAUCCUGCCCCCCCCCGGCGCCCCCCGGCGCCCCCAGGGGCCGUGCCGCCAGCCGGCCCCCGAGGCACCCGCCAAGCCCUAG